GUCAACCCCAUUCCUCCCUAGUCCUUACCCGCAAUAACCGGUUCCCGAAUAAAUCUCCAUUAUAAAACCCAUUUUCCCCGCACUUCGAGGCACUUCUUUCAACCUCAACCAGACUCAUCGGAACGUCGUCGUUUUCUUCUCCGAUAUCACUCCGAUUAGGGUUCUGUGAAUUAUAGGAAAUAAGGACUGAGUGAUGGCAGAUAAUGAGCAGGGAGAGGAAAAUCCUUCACGUGGGAAUGAAUGGGAGGUUGUGUCACUGACAGCAUCUGCAUAUGCUGCUGCUCCUGGCCCAAAAGAUGUUGAACUGAAGGAUGAUGAGAACGGUAAUACUUAUCGAGAGGGUAAUGCAGCAGAAACAUCUCAUGCUUUGUUCAUGUCUGGUCACUUUGUCUUUCCUCCCAAUCAGCAUGAGAAUUUGCCAUUGGAACCUGAACAAGGAGGUAAGGAUGUGGCAUCUGAAUUUGAUAUCAAUGAAGCUGGUAUAUCUAGUGGAAAGGAUGAAGAAAACUGGUCCUUGAAAGGGUUAACUGUUCCAGAUGAGUUCUCAGGGAUACAGUUUUUUGACGAGAAGGGUAAUAGGUUAUCUCUCCAUGGUACAGAGUUUGAAGAAGGCACUCCUGUCCAGGGAUUAAAUUUGGUUGAUAAAGAACAAAGUAUAUAUAGUGCUGCUACUUAUGGUUCCUUACACGGUGAAACAGCUUUUGGUGGUUCUACAUUUGGUGAGAACAUGGCUGUGCCUGGACCAAAUGAAUCUUCUGAGCAAGGCCUAGAUUUUUCUCCUGAUAUCUCUUCGUCCCCAGCACCUGUGAAAGAUGAAAAACAUGAUGGAUCCAACCUUCCUUGUGGAGCCUGGUGGAAGAGAAGGGCUGCUUCUUUAUAUGCUCAUGCAAAAGAAGCAAAUACAUUUUGGUCUAUCUUUAUAGCAGCAGCUGUGAUGGGUCUUGUAUUACUUGGGCAGCGAUGGCAGCAGGAAAGGUGGCAGGCUAUGCAACUUAAGUGGCAGAUCAGCAUCAAUGAUGGGAGGCCAGGCAGGAUUUUGGGUCCCAUAUCUCGACUUAAAGAUGUAAUUGUUGGUGGCCACCGCCGUGGUUCCAUCCUCAGAGGCAGCACUGCAAGUGAGAUUUAAGAUGAUGACGAAAGAUUCUAGAGGGAGAAAUGUUAGGGUAUGAAGUGUUAGUAUGUUACUGAGUGUGGUUCCACCUAUUUUUCUUAUGACAAGUAACAUGGUACAUAUUUAAGUUUGAUAUUGCUCUGUUAAUGGUGGUACUUUCUUGAGUUGCUUUGUAUAGAUUUGGGAGGGGAUUCAUCUUUUCAAAUGUUAAGCUGUUUAUAAUUUUCAGCACAAAAAGAAAAAAAGAAAAAAAGGGUAGUCUGUUUGAUCCAUAGUACCUGUAACUGCCACCUAAUUUCUUACAUGGUUUCUUUUUCUUUUCACC